AUGAGGAUUCUUUUAAUUCGGCACGGCGAGACCGUCGAUAAUGUUGCCAACGUAUAUGCCGGCGUCACAGACUCUGCACUAACGAACCAUGGCGUAUUGCAAGCCAAUAGACUUGGCACCCAUCUCGCCGCUUCGAAAAUUUCCCAUAUAUUCUCUUCCGAUCUUCAACGAGCCAUCAAGACAGCAGAAGCUGUUCGUGUUGCUCAGGACAAUGUCCCUUCUUUCGAAGUGACAAAGCUUAAGCUUCUUCGAGAACAAGACUUUGGUCACUACGAAAGGAAACCAUUUCAUGAACGUUCAAAAGAUUCAAAUAAAACCGGCAAGGAAGUUCACUCAGAGGCACACCGAAUGGAUCCAGGAUUCAAGGAUGUGGAGUCACAGGAAUCGAUGAAGAGGCGGAUGGAAACAUUUGUCAAUGAGCAUCUGAUGCAUCUUCUCAAUAUCGAUGAAAACAAUCUGAUUGAUCAUACCAUUGCUAUCGUGGCUCAUGGUAUCAUUUUGAAUCAUCUCUGGCGAGUCAUCCUAAGACGGUUCAAUCCAAAGAAUGUCUCCAUUGGUCCUGAUGUUUUAAGUCCUGAACGUGGACUAGAAUAUCUUGGUGGUUGGUCAAAUACUGGCUACUUGGAUUUGGAUAUCAAGCCUAUUCAAGAAGUGUCACCUUCCAAAGUUGGUUUGGUGCCUUCAUUAUUGAAUGAACAAUCCAAUGCUCAAACCUCGAUGGAGCUACUGAAGAACAAGAUUGAUCAUUCCGAGAUUUCUUUGGAUAAUCAAUCAAAUGUUCAAGACACAGUGAAGCCACCAAAUCAUGCUGUUGACAAGGUCGAGAUUACCAUGUCGCUGAUGAUAAAGUCUGUUGAUAAUGUGGAUCAUCUCAAAGGGCUUAAGAAAACCCGAGGUGGAUUAGGAAGCUUAAAACAUGAUUCCAGCCAAAGAACCAUGGACUCAUUCUUCAAAAAGAGAAAGCUUGGAUGA